GAGCUUUCGUCUUUCAAGCAUGCCAGACUUUUCUUUGAAAUGGCAAGAAAAGAUGAAACGUCUUGUUCGCUCCCACCAUACUUAACCGCGCAAAUCAAAUUUACACCCGAGUCCAUCCACCCUGUAAAAUUAUCCAAGGUGAUGACCAACAGUAGUUUUAUAUUUAAGAUCGUCUACGUUCCACCACUGACUAGCUAGGCAUAAAACGACUUACUAACCAUCAUGGUGAUUAAGAUUGGAAUCAACGGGUUUGGACGUAUAGGUCGUCUGGCCCUAAGGGCUGUUCUCCGAAAUGGGGCCUCCAAUGUCCAGGUAGUGGCAAUCAAUGAUCCUUAUAUUGAACUUGAACACAUGGUCUAUCUGUUCAUGUAUGAUUCUACGCAUGGAAUAUUUAAGGGUGAUAUAAGCUACGACAAAUCAGCAAACGUCCUUACCGUUAAUGGAGAUAAUAUCAAAGUAUUAUCACAAGAGAAACCUUCUGAGAUCAAAUGGGGUGACGCUGGAGUAGAAUACGUGAUAGAGGCUUCAGGUAAAUUCACAUCAUCCCAGAAGGCGAAGGCACAUCUACGGGGAGGGGUGAAGAAAGUGGUUAUCACGGCGGCAUCUGACGAUGCCCCGAUAUUCAUCAUGGGUGUCAACCAGCACAGAUAUGAUACGGAAACCAUGAACAUUGUCAGUAAUGGAUCCUGUACUACCAACUGCCUGGCUCCAUUAGCCAAGGUGAUCAAUGAUAACUUUGGCAUUGAAGAAGGUCUUAUGAUAACUGUACAUGGUUACACUGCAACACAGAACAGCGUAGAUGGGACAAGCUCGUCGAAGUGGCCAAAAGGUCGCGGUGCUGCUCAAAACAUCAUCCCAACUUCAACUUGCGCUUCAAAGGGUGUAGGAAAGGUUAUACCAGAACUCGAUGGUAAACUGACCGGGAUGGCUUACCGCGUACCCGUACCAAAUGUUGGGGUUGUUGAUAUGACUGUUAGACUGAAGAACCCCGUUUCCUACGACACCAUCAAACAAACAAUGAAAGCUGCAUCAGAAUCGAAAGAAAUGGCAAGGUAUCUAGGAUACACUGAAGACCAGGUGGUUUCCCAAGAUUUUUGUGGAGACUCGCGGUCCUGCAUUUUUGAUGCUGGAGCUAGUAUCGCUCUUAAUGACAAGUUCGUCAAGCUGGUGUCCUGGCUCUACCAUCGAGGGUUCGAAUCACCUCUGAGGGUUCUAUGACGGAAAGGCAACUCAGCAAAAAGGAAAGGACCAGUCUGGCAUGAUCGAUGAGGGGAUGAGGGUAAAAGCAAUAGCUAAUUUUCUGUAACGAGGCUGCGUACGAGGGCUUUGACGCGCACAGGAUGCCAUGAAAUUGACGGAAGAUGGGAUGUCUUCGGCACCCAAGGAAAUUCCCACUCUUCGGUGAUGGAAGGUUGUUGACUCGGCGCAUUACUUUGGAGUGGAAACAUUCGAUUUUAUUACCGAGUGUAAAAAAUGGGACACCCUCUCUUCGCUCAGACCAUAUAAAUACUUGGGGUUCGUCAUGGACCUACUUGCUUUCAUUGCUUUCAUGAACCGCAUACAGACUUUGCCUGCUAUGAGUUGGGUUCAAUGAAUUAGCACGAAGGGACAUGGAGUUGAUUUUUCGAGAUGUUAGGAUAUUUGGAUACUUGUUAUGAAGAUAGUCUAUUAUUAUAUUUAUAUAUUGUUUGCAUGAUUUUUUUAGAAACACAUAUUUUUGUUUAUAAAGAGUUGUUGUGUCCAUUGACGCAUCGAGGACUGACUAGUAGGUUACGGAAAACAUAUCAAAGGUCACGCCAUUUCAGGAAGUGAUUGCUAAAGCUAUUAGCAGUCUCAUUUAUCCACCUCCCUCGCAGUAUCAUUUCAAUAUUCUUUAUUGUGCGUGUGAAUGGGUGGGUUGCAUAGGGGAGAUUCAUAAUGCGCAUGAUGCAAACCCCAUGGAGACGAGGAUAGGCGCAGGGAGCUUUUACACUGUCAAUAUUCUAAAAUCCUUGGCCCUGUUCAUGCUGUUUGUACAAUACAAGUAUUCGCGCUUCGCCCUUGUGAUACUUGCCUCGAAUUUAAUUACUCUGUGUGUCUUUUUGCUGCCUUAAGAAAUCAUAGCACAAUCGCCAUGUAUACGAGUGAUGGCGUAAUACCGUUUCAAGGGGGUGUUCCAAGUGUAGUAUACUUAUUUAUCAUGGACACACAUAUUGUUGUUUUAAUGAAGAGACUGGCAAAGUACCAAACACAUCAAAGGGAAAGAUUUUUUGCAGGGGGGGGGGGGUGGGGGCUCCCCGUUUAUCUCUUUGUCAGUCUCUGUCUCUCCUAGUCUAUGUUCCUCUUUUAUAUCUCCCUGCCCCCCCCUCUCUCUCUCUCUCUCUCUCUCUAUCUAUCUAUAUAUCUAUCUCUCGCUUCCUCUUUCUGAUUGAAUUGUAACCGCAAAGAAUCUCCAGGAAUAGAUUCACUGGAAAAUUGAAAAUAUUACCUACCAUUUUCUUUUUUCAUUUUCCUCAAUUUCAAUCCCAAGAGCUAUGAUAUUUUAAAUACAGAAUUUAAUUAAACGUCAUGGGCGUUAGGUUUCGGUCAUGGGAAAAUGAUGUUCUGUAUUGAAGGCAGCAGGCGACGCAGCCGUAAAGAUGUGAUUAAAACUGCCUUGAAUAAUUUGUAAGUCAUCCACUUUGUGGUGUCUGAAAAGUGAGGUUUACUCGUCACUUUAAAAGUAUUAUUUCAUAGACAAUAUCCCAUUCUAAUGAAAAUACAACCACAAAGCCAAAAUAUACGUCAGCGAUUCCAUUAAAUCCAUUACGCGCAUAAAUCCAAGUAGGUCAUAUUACAGUUAUAUGCAUGCCAGCCCAUCAACUAAAUAAAUCACAACGGUCUAUGCGCUCAGCGGCUGUCAAUAAUUCGUAAUAGAUGCUUAUUGCUUAAUAUGAUUUAUCAAAUUUUUAACCUGGAUACUUAACACUUUUUCCUUGUCCUCCGCUGAUGAAAUCGAGAUAUAAUUAAACUUGGGAUAUAUUUGUCCUGCGGCGACGUUCAUAUUCGGUUCACUGUCGGUCAGAUUCUAUCUUCCUUUAAAAUAAGAGAGAAAAGAAGUUGCGUUAGAUUAGUUUUCAAACCGUUACGAGAAUGACCCUUAUACGAACCGAAGUUUUUUUUUUUUAUACAAGUGUCGUCUGCAGAAGUGAAUAACCCAUAUUUAGCGUCUCCCUUUGCGCGGUGUGCCGAGUCCUCUUGUACUAAUCAAAUCAAGGAGAAACAUGUUCCUUGCUUCUUUUCCAGUAGUUGAUUUGGUUUCGCUGCGCUUCCUGGGGAUUGUAUAAUUACUUGUCCAUCGUGAUGAACCAGCGAACGGGGACAAGGAUGCUCCCAACUUGACGAUUUCCUAUCUAGCUUCUAGAUCUCGUUCCCGCCUCCUCUGGGAAUGAAGAAAUGCAUCAAUAUUAGAUAGAGUGUGGGAGGAAAUGUAAUCAUUGGUAGCCUCUGCCUUACUUCCCGGCAAUUCCUGAGACUGGGUGCCUUGCAGAACCCCUUCCCCUCGACAAUAGAGACAUUAAUAUCUCCUUUUAAACUUUUUAAUAUCUUCCUUUGCCUUUUUCGUCAACUUUGUUCUUGUUCACUUGCCCUCGCCCGGACAUGAUUACAUUGUUGGAGAAUAUACCCGCGGGCAUGUACAACUAAAUGUAAUUACGUUUUUAUUUGUUUCUGUAUGCGAUACCUCCCUUGACACGCUGUCAAUCCCACUGCAGAAGAUACAAAAUAUACUCUUUUUUGUUUGCGAUCCGAGAGGCGUACCCUGUUUCCGGUCGAAUACCAUGCAACAUCAAAACCAAUC